GACCACCAAGGAGGUAUGAGCAACAAAUUGCAUCUACUGUCAUUGUGACGGCACAUAUCUCCGAUAUCCUGCGGGGUGACCCUUAUUCAACGCUAUUACUUUACUGAAGUGACGGCACCUUCUAAAAUUUUGUUCACUAUAUAAUGCAACUAUGGCUUUCAGACGAACUAUGGAAAUGAUUGUGAAGGCGAGAGACUCGGAUGAACUGGUCGACUAUGCCUUCAUUUGUGAGGGACGCCAAAUCAAUGUGCACAAGCUCAUUGUUGGUGUUCAAUCUCCUGUAUUUAAAGCAGCUUGCAGCGGGAAAUUCGAAAAAACAUCGAAGGAAUACGACCUCGCCGACUUUCCGCUCUCCGUGGUUAACCAGAUGGUUGAAUAUAUGUACAAGGGAACCUAUGAAGAGGACCUAUCAGGCGGCCACUCGAGCCUCUCAUUCCAUGCGGCGAUGUACGCAAUGGCUGAAAAAUACAUGAUCCAAGGUCUUAAAGCUCAGACGAUAAGACACUACGACAAUACCUUGCGACACGAGACGGACAUAGUCACGAUUCUUGAAUCAGUUUCUUACGUUUAUUCAUCAACACCAGGAGAUGCGCGAGGUCUCAGAGAUCUUGUUAUCUCCUUCGUCAGGAGCCGCCUCCUGCAGUCGUACAGUUCGUCUCGAGUAUACGGAGCUUUUCAAAGGGCUCUUGAUAACGAGCCAAGCUUCAUGCGAGACUUACUCGACUCUUUCAUGAGAUCCCCUUCCAUCGGGAGCUGCUCAAGCUGCAAGCAGGGUUGGUUUGUGAACACGGAGAUCCUGCAAAGUCGAUGCAAGAGUUGUGGUAGAGGAGGUGCGAGGUCAUGGCCUGUAGGAGCGGGACAUAAGGAAACGGUUCAUCUCAUAUAAGACAUGUCGAUCACGGGCGAUUCUAUCGGUAUAGCGAACACUCAAGCACCAGUACUAUACCUCUCUUCAGAAGAAAAGUUUCUAACAUCUCCACGUAUAGCAGUUCAGGGGACCAACCAUUAGCUCAACACACGGACAGCACGGG